AUGGAAACUCUUGGAGCCUUCCCUGAUGAAGAAUGGGAAUGCUAUGGCAGAAUGUUUGCCAUUGAAAACCAUUAUGACUUGCCACAAUUACUUGGUCAAAGCUCACUAUUGCUCGGGGAAGAUGAUGGGAACAGUGGAAUGCAAUUUUGCUCCACUCAUGAAGCUGGGGGAAUUAAGAGCAUGUUUUACUCUCUUGAUUCUCACAACUCUAAUUUUCAGUAUUUAUCUCAAGAAGGUAGUCACGGGAGGAAUUGUAGUGAUCAUACUCUCUUUGUGGCCAAUCCGGGUCAUACAAAUUACUGUUUUGAUUACCCGGAUAAUGUGCUAGCAAAUACAAAUACAUCUAUUGGUUUUUGCAUGAUGGAUAAGAAAAGGCCAGGCUCAUUUGUAGAAUUACACACUGACGUCGUAAUGAAAGAGAAUGUCAACUUAAAUGAAGAAGAGAAAAGUGACAGAUCAAAGAAUUAUGAUCAGACUCAAGUCAAGCCUAAUGUUUUUCCCACCAAGCUAUCGAAGCACAAAAGGAUGCUUGAUGUGCCAGAAUUGGUAGAAGAUAAAACAAACUCAUGCGGGAAUAGUAAGAAAAAACCUUGCAUUUCGAAAGAGGUGCAAAGAUGCAUGAAGACUGCACGGUCCAUGAAGAACCAGAAGCUUGAUAGAAAAGGGAACGAGGCAGAAGAGACUAAUGUAGGUUCAGAUGGAUAUAGCUCUAGUAGCUAUGCUUCGGAGGAGGAUAACACUUCUCAAGAAAAUAGUGUAGGAGCUACUUCGGCAUCUAAAUCAUCACCUACUGUUAUAAACUUAAAUGGUAAGAGAAGAGCCAGCAGGGGAACAGCAACAGAUCCUCAGAGCCUUUAUGCAAGGAAAAGAAGAGAGCGAAUCAAUGAGAGACUAAAAAUUCUACAAAAUCUUGUACCCAAUGGAACAAAGGUUGAUAUAAGCACAAUGCUUGAAGAGGCAGUUCAUUACGUGAAAUUUUUGCAGCUUCAGAUCAAGCUUCUAAGCUCUGAUGAUUUAUGGAUGUACGCUCCGAUUGCUUAUAAUGGACUUGACAUUGGACUCAAUCUAAGCCGGAAGAUUUCUCCACCUCUAUGA